GGGCCUGCUCCGAUUAAUCAACAAAUUCCUAAAUUGAAGAAUAAAAUUUUGAAAAACGGCUCAUGUUAUUCCAAAAUUCGUGUAAAUCGAAUCUUUCUGUUAAAUAUUCAGAAACAGAAAAAUAUAUAUUUGAAAUUUUGUAAUUUUUAACUGCAACUCGACGAUUUUUUCUGUGAAGAGGACGUCUAGCAGAAGCAGACAGGAAUAAACGUGCGUAGACGUGUUUGAAAGAGUGAAUAAUCUUGUCUUCAAAUCCUUGAAAUCUAGGCUUUUUAAAAGAAAAAUGAAGCUUUUAACACAUAAUAUGUUGACUUCAAAAUGCCUUAAAGGUGUUUCAGUUGGUUAUCCUCUUGGAAUUGUGGCAAAGGAUAUUAAAGUUUGUGAAGUAGAUUUUAAUUCGGAAUUUAUCGUGAGGAUAAUUCCAAAAUUGGACUGGGCUGCUCUCUGGAAAGCAGCAGAAAGUAUAGGACAUGUGGGAGAAUUGCCUCAGACUUUAAUCGAAGAUUUCGAGACGAACGAAGACUUUUUAAAAAAAGUUCAUCACGUCCUGAUGGAAGUCGAGGUCAUAAACGGAGUCCUUUUGUGUCCAGAGUCGGGGAGAAAAUUUCCAAUCACAGACGGAAUUCCCAACAUGUUACUCAACGAAGACGAAGUUUAGGUUUAUAAAUUUACUUUUAUAAUAUUAAACUUAAAUUAUCUCGCAUUUAUUACAUAUAUUAUUACAAUAAUAAUUAUUAAUUAGCCGCAUACAGUUUUCAUAACAUUUGUGAAUAUCUGCAAAUUAGAGAAAGCAAAAAAAGAAUUUUUGUUUGAUAAAUAUUGAAAGAGAAUUUUAGAUUCAGAAAAACAUUUUUUUUUUUCGUAGUACGAGAUAUAGAUUUUAAGAUUCGACCAAUCGAUGUGUUAGUAAAUAUUUUUAAGGGAAUGUGUAUUUAUGACUUUCCUCUCGUUGGCUCAUAAUAAAAAUGUUUAGGAAAUCGAGAA